AUGUCAAAACUGGAUCGUCUGCUUCUAGAAUUUACAAAGGCAUUCGCUCUUUGGAGACAGGACUGGACUGAAGAGCCCUGGAUGAAGAAGUUGAGAGUUGAAUGCCAGACGAUCGCAAAAAGGAAAAAUACAGAAAACAAGAUCAACAGCAGAUGGGAGCGUACAUACCUCAAAGAGCAAUUGGCAGAGCUUCUUAUAUCGCUAGAUACCCACUUCGAAGAAUACUUCUUCCAAAAGCCUCAGAACAUCGAGGCUAACACUCGACUACGCAAACUCAAACUUGUGAAUUCGAAUAUCACCUGGCUAUGCUGCGAUAUUGUAUGGAUUCUUGAGGAAAUAAGUCCCGACGAAGCCGUCAAUCUGGAAAUUCCACAAGAGUUAUUGCGCAAGCUCAAAAUAUGGUGUCGCAAGGCGUGGCCGGAGGAGCCAUUUGGAAUUAUCACGUUCUAA